UUCAAAAGUUAAGAUUCAAUGUUUUGAAAAUAGGUUUUGGUAAACUUGAAUAUUGGAAAAAGAAUACAUUGACUUAAGUUUUUAAAGGCUUGCAAUAAAACUAUUAAAAUCAUGUAUGUGAAUUCAUAAUCUUAUACUUUCUUUUCUUUUUUAUUUCACAAAACGCGAACAUUUGAAGAACAGAUGAAGAAACAGGAGAGGAACAGAUACAGAGAAGACACAGAAGGAGAGGAACGACAUGACAUGACUGACAAAUUGCGAAGACUCUCACGGGAGAGCCAAAAUCACGCGAGACAUAUGAUAGGUUCAUCCCAUCCAUCAUUCAUUAUCAUCAAUCAUCUACUAAUAAUCAGAUUUAUUUCCAGGUUUUUUUAAUCUUAAAAGGGUUGUUUAUAAUUUACUUGACUAUGAUUUCAGAACCAACUACAGAUAGUGUAAGGUGGAACUUGACAUCCGCUACAGAGCGCCAUGAUGUUAGUUGUCUGUCCGAUUCCAUAUCCGUGUUCAUUCCAUCAGAUCUAUUGUCACACUAUCAGACGACAUGGCGUGAUCCUCACUGCCAAGUACAGGACAAUGGUACCCACUAUAUUUCCACCAUUUCACACACAUCAUGCGGAACAACCGUGAUCUUCACCAAGGAUGAAGUCAUUUUCGAAAAUGAACUAAUUCUACACAAAUCUGGAUCACCAAGCAAUCAAACAUCAAACGGCUCUAUCGACUUCGGUAGUUCUAGUUCUGAGGUAAUUCCGGUGCAGUGUAUCUAUCCUCGAAGACAGAAUAUAACAACUUUAUACAGACCCGCACAGUCGAAAGUUAGGUUCUACGAAAAGCGAUAUGGGCACAUGGACGUUCAACUAGAACAGUACAAAUCUGGCAUGUUUGUUACCCCUCUUCCAGUCCGUUCCUUCCCAAAUGAAGUAGAGAUAAACAAGGAUAUGUAUUUCAUACUCCAUGCAAUGCAUGUUAAUUCGACUGAUGUGGCAGUAAAGGUGGACUCGUGUGUGGCAACACCAUCAAACAUGCCGGCGGAUGGUCGAAUUUAUCAGCUUCUUGACCAAGGUUGUCCAGCAUCCCCAGCAGUCAAAGUAUAUCCAUCAGCAUUUGAUGAAGUGAGGUUCAGUGUUCGAGCAUUUGAAUUCCGAAACAGUCCAGGUGGUAUUGUGUACAUUCACUGCCAAGUUUCAGUUUGUUCUCCUACAAGUCCACAGUGUCGAGUUGGAUGUGCCCAUAGACACCGUCGUGAAGUUUCCUCAGAGGAGGGCGGUAGUCAUCUGGUAUCUGGUGGACCAUACUUAUUAGUGGCGGAUAAAGAUGGGUUGCAAGUAUCAACAGUUGUGGCAGGCGUCUGUGCAAGUGUGGCUGUCGUUGCCACUGUCAUUGCUAUAAUUGGAUGGAGACGCAAGUCCAGUGCUUCAACUUCCAGUUCCAAAUUAUAGAAAAAAAUGACUCGAAAUGACCCAUAUCAGAACAAAACGCUUUUUAGUGUGUGUGUGUGUGUGUGUUUUCUUUAUAAUCAUAGAACUCCAUAAUUCAAAAGUAAUUCGAAUAUGUGUGAUUAUCGAUACCAAUAACAAAACAUAAAUCUUUUUAUUUGUGCUAAAUUAUUAGUGAUUUUAAACUUAUUUCAAUCUUUUAUAAUUAAUUAACUUAUUAACCAGUAUUAAUUGAUUUAACUAAUAUAAUUCUUUUUAAUUUUGAUAUAUUCACAUACAGUUUUUAGUGAUGAUUUUUUUAUAUUCAGAUAAUUUUUAAUAAUAUUUUUUUUAAUAUUCAGAUAAUUUUCAAUAAUAUUUCUUUUUAUAUUCAGUUAAUUUUAAAAAUGAUUUAAAGAUUUGACUGUAAUUUUGUCCAAUUUUGUAUAGAAUAAAGAAAUAAUGUUUUCAGAA